AUACACUAUAGCAACGUCAGCCUGACGUUGCAAUAGCGACGACCUUUGAAGCCCACACAUAGUGGAAUACAAAUGUUCCGAGAUAGGUACUCUUGCUCAUGAACCACAGGAUCUUUUCGGAAUCUUGCAAUUUUGGUGGUUUAACCUGCAGCAGCUUGUCUUUUGUUAUGGCUGUUUCUACUUCUGUUUAGAAGGAAACUCAGUCAAGGGAUAGAAUUUCAGUGACAUGAAGAGUCUGGAAUGAAUAACAUACUUUCCAUGUGUUUGUAAACAUACCAGAUCUGCUGGAUGAGAAUCAAAUUAUGCCUUACUAUAUUCAUCACUCAAAUGAUAUAGAAAUUUAUCUCAACACGAGGAGUAAUGCUGUUGGUUGCUGUGAAUGCCAUUUUUACUGUUUUUUUCAUUAUGAACAUGUCAGUGUGCUUCUUAGAAAAGAGCUCGCAAGAUCCCCAUCUAUGAGAAGAGUGACUUCCACCAACGUUCUACUCCAUCCUUGUCUUCGAGACACACGCUCAUCUGGCUUCCGUCCUUAUGCUGCUACACAAUUUGUCCUUACUUCACUGACGAGUUACUGGACCACUUCAGUGAUCGCUUCCGUCCGCUAUGACACACCUGUAGUCAUUCACCACUGGAAUAUACCCAGGUAAUGCAGAGGAAACGUCGAGAAGAUGGACACCAAAACGUCGCCGGUAUCUCCAAGAUGUCAGCGCGGAUCAUCGUUGUUGGUAAUAUGUUUGUGUUUGUGUUAGUUAACCCGUUGUCUGCCACGCCUUUGUUCUCCCCUAGCUCCUUAGCACGGGCUGCGUGUGCUGUUCGGCCUCGUGGUUUUCAUGCCGCGGGGUCGGAAAGUCGCACCAGCCCAAAAUUUGCCGCAAGGCGCCUAUUAGGCAAUGCACCAGUAGUUCCCCCUUUUCAGCACGGACUUGUCAGCAAUGGCAAGUCCAACCUUGGUCAUGGAUCCUUCAGACAUGGCGCGUAGAGUAGUAGAAAACAACCUACGGGGUGUAUGGCGUGACAGCCAACGGGUUAACUUAGGUGUAUUUCUGUAUUUGUAUGUAUGUGUAUAAGUUUAUGCUCUAUAUAUUUAUGUAUGUGAUUUAAAAACGUGGUGGAAUUGUGGGUGGAGGUGGGACAAUAAAAAAUUUCUUUCAA